AUGGUAUCUUGUCCUGUCUGUGGCAAAUCCGUCGAUCUGGCACGUGUCAACGCCCAUCUAGACGAAGGCUGUCCCGAUGAGGCGCCAGAAAACACACCCAGCAAGUCGUUUCUGAAACGCGAACGCCGCGAUAAAUCCGAGUUCGAAACGCCCAAGAAAAAACCGUGCUCCAAGACCGUUUUUUCACGCAGAUCUCCAUCCGAAUCUGAGUCUGAUUUUACACAACGACAGAGAAUGACGCUGGGUCCUAAACCGGAGGGAAGAAAACUCGACUUUGGUGCUCCGGCAUCCGUGGAUCCGUCUCCAGCUGCUCCUCCCACCCCAGCUGCUCCCAAAUCAGCAGCAACCAAAGAACCUGCUCGUCACACGCCUCUUCCUGAAUUGUGUCGACCACAAACGUUGGACGACAUUUCGGGCCAAAAGGAGCUGAUGGCUGUAUUGCGGCGGUUUGUAGCGUACGGCCGGAUCCCCUCAAUCAUCUUCUGGGGCCCUCCAGGUGUUGGAAAAACGACUUUGGCCCGGAUUCUGGCCAAGACGUCAGGCAAUCGGUUUGUAGAGCUGUCAGCAACUCAGAAUAACGUGGCAGAUGUGAAAAAGGUGAUUGAUCAGGCAAACAACGAGUGGAAGCUGCUGAAACGAGGAACUAUUCUGUUCAUUGACGAGUUGCAUCGGUUUUCAAAGGCUCAACAGGACGUGCUUCUGCCUGCAGUUGAAAAGGGAGACAUUACAUUGAUUGGAGCGACUACAGAGAACCCCUCUUUUCGCCUAGUGGGUGCUCUGACGAGUCGAUGUCGAGUUUUGACUCUCAAGAAGCUGUCCAUGAAGGAUAUCAAGGAGGUUGUGGAACGCAGUCUUGUUAAGUACAAUGAUACAGCUGAACACGAGGUGAUUUUGCCAACAGAGGUGAUCGACUACAUUGCUGGCAUUGCCGAUGGAGACGUGAGAAGCGCCUUGAACAUCCUGGAGCUCGUGGUUUCUGUUUGUGACAUUGUUGAGGAGCAGCCUGAGAAGGCAGUAGAGGAGGAAAAACCUGAGGAAACCAAAGACACCACCACCGAAGCCUGCGCGGCCAACGACACCACCGACGCCACAAAUGAAGCAACACCAGAUGAUAGUGCCAUUUUGAGCGAUAGUGAGGCUGCUGAAAACCCUGCUUCAAGCUCACAAGACGCCAGCUCUCAACUGACUGUCACUGCAUCACCACCAAAGAGAUACCGAACCACAACGCUUCGGGAGAUAAAAAACGUGAUCAGAAGAACACACGUGCUGUACGACAAGAACGGUGACAAUCACUACGAUGCCAUUUCUGCAUUUCACAAGUCCAUCAGAGGCUCUGAUCCAGAUGCCACCCUGUUUUACCUCGGAAAAAUGCUCAAAUCUGGUGAGGAUCCGCUGUAUAUAGCACGCCGAAUGGUUCGAAUUGCCUCGGAGGACAUUGGAUUGGCAGACGACAGUUUGUUACCUCUAUGUACUGCUGCUUAUACUGGUAUCCAACAAGUGGGCAUGCCAGAAGGAGAUUGCAUUCUUGCCCAUGCUGCCGUCAAACUGGCACUAGCAGACAAAUCCGUCAAAGUGUACAAGGCCUGGGGCAUGGUUAAGGAGGCUCUUUCCGAUGAACAUGGUCUGCUAGCCGCCGAGAUUCCCAUUCAUCUCAGAAAUGCUCCUACCAAGCUUAUGAAGGAGCUUGGAUACGGAAAGGAGUACAAAUACAACCCGCGGUUCCUGGGUGGCAAAGUCAAACAGGAUUACAUGCCUGAAGGGUAUGAGAAUGUCAAGUUCAUGCCCGAGAGACACCUGGGAACAGAGAUUGAUCCGGAGUUGGAGGGAGAGAUUAUCGAUGAGGAGACGGAGGCUGAGUAUUAUGGCGGUGUGAUGAUCUAG